CCCGCCCAACCCGGACCUCCCCGCACUUCCCCGCUAGGGUCCUGCCCACCUUACUGCACGGAGCCCGACUGUUCUCAGGACUCCGGGCGGGGCGAGAGGCCGGGCCGGGGGCUGGAGGGUCAGGAGGAGGAGAAAGGAAAAGCAGAGGCGAGAGAAAUUAGGAGGCGGGAGAAAUCGAAGGCUAGAAGGAAGAGGCAGAGGGUGGUGGAGAGCACUUUUUGGAAGCCUCCACGCUGGGUCUCAGGCUGGCAGGGGUGAGCUGGGGAAGAGGGAGGGAGAGCAGCACAGGGUAGACGCCCAGACGGCGGGAGGCAGCUCUGCGCAGGCCUGACCUCCCCAGAGCGCCCCGCUGUGGCCGCGCAGGUCCGGCAGCCAGUCUCGGACCAGCUGCGGGGCCGACCCCGGGCGUGCAGAGCGCGCUGGCAGCGGCCAGGCCGGCUGGCCAGCGGGCGUGCGGACCGCGCGCCGUGGGCGCGCCAGGAGGGGAGGCCCGGGGAGCCCCCUGCACGCCAGCACGCGUGGGCCGGCAUGGCGAUGCACGCCCUCACCGGCUUCUCGCUGGUUAGUCUGCUCAGCUUCGGCUACCUGUCCUGGGACUGGGCGAAGCCGACCCUGGUGGCCGACGGGUCCGGGGAGGCCAUCGAGCAGCCGUCGGUGGCUCCAUCCCAGCCUCCUCACAUCAUAUUCAUCCUUACCGAUGACCAAGGCUAUCACGACGUGGGCUACCAUGGCUCAGAUAUCGAGACCCCUACGCUGGACCGGCUGGCUGCCGAGGGUGUCAAGUUGGAGAAUUACUAUAUCCAGCCCAUCUGCACACCUUCACGGAGCCAACUUCUCACCGGCAGGUACCAGAUCCACACAGGACUUCAGCAUUCCAUCAUCCGCCCUCGGCAGCCCAACUGCUUGCCCCUGGACCAGGUGACGCUGCCUCAGAAGCUGCAGGAGGCAGGUUACUCCACACACAUGGUGGGCAAGUGGCACCUGGGCUUCUACCGGAAGGAGUGCCUACCCACCCGCCGGGGCUUCAACACCUUCCUGGGCUCGCUCACAGGCAAUGUGGACUAUUACACCUACGACAACUGUGAUGGCCCAGGGGUGUGCGGCUUUGACCUGCAUGAGGGUGAGAGUGUGGCCUGGGGGCUCAGCGGGCAGUACUCCACAAUGCUGUAUGCCCAGCGUGUCAGCCACAUCCUAGCAAGCCAUAGCCCCCGGCGGCCCCUCUUCCUCUAUGUGGCCUUUCAGGCAGUGCACACGCCCCUGCAGUCCCCUCGUGAAUACUUGUACCGCUACCGCACUAUGGGCAACGUGGCCCGGCGGAAGUAUGCAGCCAUGGUUACCUGCAUGGAUGAGGCUGUGCACAACAUCACCUGGGCUCUCAAACACUAUGGUUUCUACAACAACAGUGUCAUCAUCUUCUCCAGUGACAAUGGUGGCCAGACCUUCUCGGGUGGCAGCAACUGGCCUCUGCGAGGACGCAAGGGCACUUACUGGGAAGGUGGUGUGAGGGGCCUGGGCUUCGUCCAUAGCCCUCUGCUCAAGCGGAAGCGACGGACAAGCCGGGCUCUGGUGCAUAUCACAGACUGGUACCCAACCCUGGUGAGUCUGGCAGGCGGCACUGCCUCGACAGCUGAUGGACUAGAUGGCUAUGACAUGUGGCCAUCCAUCAGUGAAGGCCGGGCCUCACCACGCACAGAGAUCCUGCACAAUAUUGACCCACUGUACAACCAUGCCCGGCAUGGCUCUCUGGAGGGAGGCUUUGGCAUCUGGAACACAGCUGUGCAGGCUGCCAUCCGUGUGGGUGAGUGGAAGCUGCUGACAGGAGACCCUGGCUAUGGUGAUUGGAUCCCACCGCAGACACUGGCCGCUUUCCCGGGCAGCUGGUGGAACCUGGAACGCAUGGCCAGUGUCCGCCAGGCUGUGUGGCUCUUCAACAUCAGUGCUGACCCCUAUGAACGGGAGGACCUAGCUGGCCGGCGGCCUGAUGUGGUCCGUGCCCUACUGGCCCGCCUGGUGGACUAUAACCGCACUGCCAUCCCUGUGCGCUACCCUGCUGAGAAUCCCCGGGCCCAUCCCGACUUUAAUGGGGGUGCUUGGGGGCCCUGGGCCACUGAUGAGGAAGAAGAGGAAGAGGCAGGCAGGGCUCGAAGCUUCUCCCAGGGGCUCCGCAAGAAAAAAUGCAAGAUUUGCAAGCUACGAUCCUUUUUCCGUAAACUCAACACCAGGCUGAUGUCCCACCGGAUCUGAUGGGGUGGGAGUGAGGAUCUCUGUCCCCCUAGAUGUACUUUGCCAUUCAACCCUGGCCCUGUUGCUUCCCAGGGAGGGACCUGAGGUCAGGUCCCCACUUGCAGGGAAAUGGAGGGUGUAGAACCCUUCAUUCAAAGGGUGAGGAGUCUGGUUUAUGGGUGUGGAGAGAGCAAACUAGACUGGGAUGUCUGGGUCCUAGUCCUGCCUUUCCAUUGACUUGCUCUGUGACCUCAAGUGACCUACAUGAGCUCUCUGGGCCUCAGUUUCCUCAUCUGUAAAAUGAGCUGGAAGGACUCUGUGGUUCUGUGGUUUGGACCUGGUGCCUGGGGCCAUGGUGGAGUUCUUGCUGUCCUCACCACCUUCCAGCUCAUUUAAAGCCUUGCCCUUGGACCCUGGGCCUCUGUAAUCUGCGUGGAUGAGGGGCCACACAGAGGCAACUCCAGGCCUGGACACCUGAGGAAGGGCAAUCUUGCCACUCUCUGAAGGGAUCUCCCGAGUGCUGAGGGUGGGAGUAGAGGUUCAGGGAUUGGGGGGUUGACCUUCCUGGGUCUUCACAUGGCCUGGGCUAAUCCUGGGGCCAGACUGGUGGUAGGCACUGUGGUGGAGAGCUCUCUUUCUGCCCCCAGCACCCAGAAGGAAUUGGCCUGACCAUUAACCUGCUGCAAGAUUGAGGGUGGGAAGCAGCUGUGAAAAAAGCCCCAGAACCAACAACCAGGACAUGUGGACUCUGCUUUGACCUUGCGCCCAGUCCUUCCCCUGUGGGCCUCAGUUUCCCCUCCUAGCAAACGGGGAUACUAGCCCUGGUUCUGCCUACCUCACAGUGCUGGAGAGGCCUGCCCAAGGUAAUGGCUGUGGAGGAGCCCGUGAACUUGAUUAAAAUGCUGCAGCAUGAAAGGAAAGGCUGCGGUGCUG